AUUUGCAUGUGCUCGCAUCGCUCUGCUGCUCCAGUUCCGUUCAAAGAGAAAAAAGGAAAAAAAAAAAAUGUGUGGUUGAAAACUAAAUGAUGUGGUCUUGUGCACCUGCUCACCUGGCGAUUGGGCGUGAACACUCUUGGAUACUAUUUUGUUCUUUUGUCAUCAAACAUUUGCUUCAGCUUUUGCUCGGUGUGCGUUCAUCUUGUGAUAAGUAGCCUACAUCCUGCCUGUCACCUGCUGGGAGUCUUUGUAACCUGAAGACAAUAAGGUCCCAGGACCAACCCCCCUGAAAGAUGAUCCAUUUCUAAGAGCAACACACCCGGACGGCUUGUUUUACUAACCUCACACCAAUGAGACGUAUUAAAACCUUCAGUGCCAUGGUUCUCAUUGGCACUUUACUUCUGAUCUUCUUCUACUCGUCCCUACACCUAGAGACGAGCUACAGUCACAAGGCUGGAUCAGAGGACUUCCUGAAGCACCCCAGCUUCUCCUCCAAGCAGGAGAGCGUCACCACACCUCCCCCUGACUUCCACAACAUGACUGUUUCUGCAGGCCUCAGACAGAGCAUCCCUCAAAAUAGAGCCUAUUGGAACCGUCUGCUGUAUUCAGCCCUCAGGCGUCUGGACAAGGGGGAAGACCUUUUCAGAGAUGACUCCAGUUGGUCGCAAUGCAGGGAGACAAAUCAGGAGCUUCUGCAAACCAACAUACACGACAUCACUUCCUACCCUGUCUUGUUCAAGGACUUUUUACAGGGCAUGGAUUGCAGGUCUCCUCCUGUCCUGAUCAAUCAAUCCAACAAUUGCAUCUCUGAUGAGGGGAAGGGAGACAAUCAGAUCUUCCUGCUUUUUGCUAUCAAGUCAACUCCUGGAAACUUUGAGCGGAGACAGGCGGUGCGGGAGACCUGGGGUCGAGAGGAGGUGUAUAAGACUGGACUGAGAGUACGCACCGUGUUCUUCCUGGGUAGCUCCUCGCUGGAUGACCCUGACCUCAGCCCUCUGCUUUCAUUUGAAGCGCAAAGCUUUGGGGACCUCCUGCAGUGGGACUUCCACGAAUCACUGUUGAACCUGACACUCAAGAUGAACAUGGUUCUCCAGUGGACACUGUUAAACUGCCCCCAUGUUUCCUUUGUCUUUAGUGGGGAUGAUGAUGUAUUCGUCAACACACCAGCAUUGAUCAGCUACCUGCAGUCUCUGGAGCCGUCAAAGGCCUCUCGGUUGUAUGUUGGACAUGUUAUAAGCACAGCAAACCCCCUCAGAGACCCUAAAAGCAAGUACUACAUUCCUUUGAGCUUCUAUGACGGUCCGUACCCUGCUUACGCUGGGGGAGGAGGCUUUAUCAUAUCUGGAGCGUUGUUGCGACCCCUAUACUACGUUUCACGUGUCAUUCCUUUCUUCCCCAUCGACGACGUCUACACCGGGAUGUGCACCAAAGCCCUGGAUGUUGCUCCUGAAGCACACGCAGGCUUUCAGACCUUUGAUGUCAAGGAGGAGGAUCGUGAGAAUCUGUGUGUCCAUAAAGAUCUUAUUCUGAUUCACCAGCGCUCCCCACAGCAGAUGAAGAAGCUGUGGAAGGGUAUUCACAGUCCCUUCUUGACUUGUUGAACUGAGUAUAGAGCAGGACUGUUGAGCAAAGAAUACAGCGACAGAGAGUUGAUACUGACUGCAGAACAUAUUGAAGUCAUGGCUCCAUCAGCUUCUGUCAUUGUCCUGUUUCAUGCCGUUGCAGCAGAGGCCAUUUUAGUAAAGGGUUUUGUUUUCUGCUGCUGACAUCUUGCAAGGACUUGUUUGAAAAAGAUGCACAGCCGUUCUGUUAGCAAAUUUGCAGUGAAGCAACUUUUUAAAGUUUCAUGAUAGGAAGACAUAUUCAAUCUUAAAUAGCUAAAGGAGUUUUCAACUUUUCUUUUUGGUCUGUUUGAGCAUUGAUGGUUAAAACAUUUCAUUGUUAACUUGAUUAGAGUUUGAUUAACCCAAUUCCCAUUUUGAUAUUGAAUUUAAAUUAAAAAAAAGACAACUGAAAGUUCCAAGUUCGAUCUUUUAUUUUACACAAAACACCAAACAUGUAAUAUGUGCUAAAUGAGUGUACAGUUCUGGGAUUUAGGAUAGUGUGUAACAGCAUUACAGCAUACAAACCCAUCUAAAAUUUGGG